AUGGACAUGUGUCCGUCCGUGUGUGCCUAUGGCCUCGAGGAGACGAGAAAAACAUCACCUGACCGCGGCCCGGGGGACGCUGGAGGAACUGAAACCAAAGUUAGGCUGCAGGAAGAACGUGCCUCUGGCUCUUUGAAUGGCAAGUUGGUCAACCAAGAGGAUAAAAUGACACCAGAUUGGUGCCAAAUUUUUAGGAUGUUUGUCCGUAUGAUCAGAGCCAGGAAGAUUUUAUUAAUUGGCAAGCUUAAAGGUUGCAGUAUCCUUGCUAUUGCAGAAGAAUUGCCAGAUGAUGGCAAAAUCUUUGCAUGUACAGAAGUGCCGUAUCUCGGAGUGAACAGCCAAGAAGCAUUUGAUUAUUCUUCAGAUGGCAAAAAGAUAAGCAUGCGAGUGGGACCAAUGGCAGACACUUUGGAGGCAUUACAUGCUGAGGACGAGCACUUUGAUAUAGUCUUUAUUGAUGCUGAUCAAAGGAACGCUGUUAACUACUACAGCUUUGUCAUGGAUAACCACUUGCUGAGAAUGGAUGCAGUGAUCUGUGUAGAGAAUACACUCAUGAAAGGACAAGUCUACCUGGAGAACAUAUCUGAUGAAAAUGUACUAGCUGUCAGCAAAUUAAAUACAGUGAUUAAUUCAGAUCCUCGUGUUGAGCAGAUAAUUUUACCUGUGCAGAAUGGACUGAGCAUCAUUCAAAGGAGCCAUGCACUUCCAGAUUGCAGUGUUUCUGAAAAAGAAGUGGUGAGGGAUGAUGUCUUCUGGGGUUAUAACAGGCGCCACAUCCUCGACCGUCUGCGUUUGGAUGGCAAGGUGGCCUACGUCACAGGCGGAGGGCAGGGAAUUGGAAGAGCCUUUGCUCAUGCGCUGGGGGAAGCCGGUGCUAAAGUAGCCGUUGUGGAUCUGGUCCUUGCGAAGGCAGAAGCGGUGGUGUGUGAGCUCAGCCUCAAAGGGAUUAAAAGCAUUGCCCUCGCAGCAGAUGUAAGCAAACCCGAGGAUGUGCAAAGGAUUGUGGAUACAAUCGUAGCUCGCUGGGGCACAGUUCACAUUGCAUGCAACAACGCAGGAAUCAAUAUGAACUCUGCAAGCGAAGAUACUUCCCUAGAAGAAUGGGACAAAACUUUUAAUGUUAAUUUACGAGGAUUAUUUUUGUGCUGCCAAGCUGCAGGCCGCAUUAUGCUGAAUCAAGGAUAUGGGAAGAUAAUUAACACAGCAUCUAUGGCAAGUUUAAUAGUCCCACACCCGCAGAAGCAGUUGGCGUACAACACCUCGAAAGCCGGGGUCGUAAAAUUAACACAGACAUUAGGAACCGAGUGGAUUGACAGAGGAGUAAAAGUCAACUGCAUUUCCCCGGGCAUCGUGGACACGCCGCUCAUCCGCUCCAAGGACCUGCGGCCGCUGGUGCGGUGCUGGCUGGCGGACAUCCCCGCCGGGAGGCUGGCUCGAGCCACCGACCUGCAGGCUGCCGUUGUUUAUUUGGCCUCCGAAGCCUCGGAUUACAUGACAGGUCAUAAUCUGGUCAUCGAGGGCGGCCAGAGCCUGUGGUAAGGGGUGUCCUCCUGCCUCCCCUCUCAGGGGUAUAGUUCACACUGGAAAGUGCCUGUUAGAGUUUAGCUUAGUCCAAGUUUUGGCCUGUGCGGCUAAGUGGCCAGCUAAUAUGAAAUGAUUGGUUUUUUUCUUUUGGGUGUUGCUUUGGAGACUCGUGUAAUAAAAAAAAAAAAAAAAAAAAGGAAAAAAAGCAAUCUUCCAUUUUCGACAUUUUCAUGUUUUUUCACUACAUGUUCAGAUUUCUGUUAAAUUAGUAUUUAAUGAUAUAAAGGCACAUUUACUGCAGUGAGAUUUGGCUAUUACUUAGUUUAACGGGGCAUUUUUAAAGCGAUCAGUAUUAGCUGGUCUGUGUAGUAUAUUGUUCUUAGGCGAUUUUUUGUAUUCAAGUUGUUCCAGUGACAUCUAUGAGUGGUGAAAAACAGUUGGAUGUAGUGUUAAAAAAAAUAAAUUAGUUCAUUGCAUUUGAA